UGAUAAACUUCGUCAAUAAAAAGCCAUGGCUUUCGUUCUUUAUUUAAUCUCGACUAUCGUCGGUCUUCUAUCGAUUCUAUUCUAUUUUCUUCGUGAGCGAAUGAAUUAUUGGAAGAAACGUGGAAUUCCACACAAUGAACCGAGUUUAUUCUUUGGUAAUAUGAAAGGUGUUUCCCAAUCACGUCAUUUGAUUGAUCCAUUCCGUGACUUGUACAAACAAUUCAAAGGAACGACGCCAUUUUGUGGAAUAUAUUUCUUUCAAAAUCCCAGUGCUGUGAUAUUGGAUUUGGAUUUGAUUAAAAAUAUUCUUGUAAAAGAUUUUAAUAAUUUCGUUGAUCGUGGAGUGUUUUACAAUGAAAAGGAUGACCCUAUAAGUGGACAUAUUUUCUCAAUAGAGGGCUCUAAAUGGCGCUUGAUGAGAUCGAAAAUAUCACCGACAUUUUCGUCGGGAAAAAUGAAGUUUAUGUUUCAAACUGUUGUUGAGGUUGCUGAAAAUUUCACAAAAAUUCUCGAUGAGUUCGUUGGAAGCGAAGGCGCUGUGAUCGAAUUGAAAGACUUAAAUGCAAGAUUCACCACUGAUGUGAUUGGAAAAUGUGCUUUUGGACUGGAUGUGGAUAGCUUAAGAGAUCCAAAGGCGCAAUUUCGGAUUUAUGGACAAAAAGCUUUUUCGGAACAAAGGCAUUAUAUGAUAAUGUUUUUCCUUCAAAGUUGUCCACGAUUGGCUCGGAAAUUGGGCAUGAAAAUGACCAACGAUGAGGUGGAAGAAUUUUUCAUGGGAGUUGUGAGAAACACUGUGGAAUACCGUGAGAAGAAUAACAUCAAACUCAAUGAUUUUAUGGGUAUUUUGAUAGACUUGAAGAAUGAUCCUAAAACGGGGUUGACUCUGGAAGAGAUUGCUGCUGAGACUUUUGUCUUUUAUUUGGCGGGUUUUGAGACUUCGUCGUCGACUAUGUCAAAUGCUUUGUUGGAGUUGGCUAAGAAUGACGAGAUUCAGGAUAGAUUAAGAGCUGAAAUAAAUGGAGUAUUGGAGAAACAUGGAGGCAAGUUGACUUAUGAGGGUCUUGAAGAAAUGCACUACAUGCUUCAAGUGUUUGAUGAAACCCUUCGAAAAUAUCCUGUUUUGCCUUUUCUUCAACGAAUUACCAUUGAUGAUUAUCCAACUGAUACCGAUGGAGAUUCAAAGUACAUAAUUGAAAGGGGAACCACAGUUUAUAUUCCAAUUGAACCGAUUCAAAUGGAUCCGGAAUAUUACCCUAAUCCGGAGAGAUUCGAUCCAGAACGUUUUACUCACGAGAAAAUAGCCGAGCGUGAUGCAGCCCUUUAUUUACCAUUUGGUGAAGGUCCUCGUAAAUGUAUUGGUCUGCGAUUUGGUAAAAUGCAAAUUCGUAUCGGGUUGGCACUUUUAUUGAGAAAUUUUAAAUUUAGUUUUUGCGAUAAAACUCAAUAUCCAUUGAGAUUUGAUAAUAGACAACUUGUUUUGCAAACAGCUGAUGGAAUUUAUCUUAAGGUUGAAAGAGUUUAAAAUAAAAUAUUUAAUGUUUAAAAGAA